UGUUUCAAAUGUGGGUUCGACAUGUAUAUGAGUGGGACUGGGGUGUUAAAACUAGGAGCUGCCUCGUAUGGGGCCAAUAGGCCUUCUGCAGUUAUCUUGUGCUUAAGCACAAAGCUCAAGCUUAUUUCCACUCUAAAUUCCAUUUACACAGAAAAUAUGUCAUUUAUGCCCGGGAGGGAGGGAGACCCAGCAGGUGGUGAGGCCUGUGACUGGUCGUGUGUGUAUGUGUGUGAAAGUGUAGAGUUGACCGAGUCACCAUUGAUACACAAUUUUCCCCAUGGGUUAGAAGAGGGCGCGGUGUGUGAGUGGUCUAUGUGAGGUGGGUCCCCAUGGGGUGUGGCGUAUAUAAGGGGCAUUACUCGGCGAACAUGUACUUCAUUCCCCCGUCUCCUGCGACCUGGAGCACCUCCACCAACCUCUCCAUAUAUAUUUUUCUCCAUAUAGUGAUUUUCUCUUUUGGUUUUGCCUUGGUUUACCCCCUGUGGUAGUGUGCUUGACCAUUAUGGCAUAUAAGCGGGGGUUGGAUGGUCAAAAGAAGGACCUGAAGCUGGGAGAGACGUUCAACAAGAACUACAAGGAUGGAGCUUAUCACACCAUACGGUAUGACUUUAAGCCAGCGAGUGUCGAUAAGCAAAAAAUGGGAACAGUGGAAGUGGAAGAGAAUCAUCAGGUGACGGUUACUGUCCCCCAUGUUGAGGGUUCUACCACGUCCCAAACUGUAUAUAAGGGAAACCAUAAGCCUGUUGCCAAAGAGUGCAUCCUCAUCAUUGACCACGUGACUGGAGAGAUUGUGCUAGAACGUAUAUCACGAACUAUUAAUGUUAAGACCACGAGACCUGAUGGCAGCAGUCGAAUUCCUACGCAGCGGCUCAUAUUAGAAUCGUCUUCACGUAGAAAUUCUCCUCCGCAGAAGUCUUCUCCUUCCCAUCCCGUUUCACAUGGCUCAACCAACACACUCUCGAGACCUUCUCCUUCCCAUCUUGCAUAUCCACAUGCCAGAUCUCCUCUUCCAAACAAAAGUCCCAACAAUAAUCACUGGACAGCUCCGGGAUCAAUGCCAAUGUUGGGGCUUAAGAAAUCUGAUCCUGUCAAGGAAAUGAGAGAGUCUUCAAGUGAUUCAGACAGUAAUAGCAGUUCCUCUUCCAGUAGUGAUUCAGAUUCUGAACAAGAUACAAUGGCUAAAAAGACAAACGGAAUGAACUACAUAAUUGACGACCUUGAGUUGUCAUCAGUUUCUGAAGAUAGCGAUUAAUCUACAAGCGAGAAUUGCAUCCUGUCUAUAAUUAUAGGAUUAUAGACAGAAUUUGCGUCUAUAAAAGCAAAUUUAUAUGUAUAGGGCAUACACAUUUGCCUUUAUGUUUUUAAUAACUAAAGCAAACCAUUGUUUUCUUAUACUUUUCUAAAUGUGUGUGACCCAAUGUUUAUAGAUACUGUAAGGGGUUUGGAUGGUCAUAACAUAAGUGAAUCUUUGUCUCUGGCAUCUUCAAAAACAGGUGUGUGUUGUAUAGUAUGCUUGUUUCACGGUGCAUAAGAUCUUGCAACUUGUUUGGUAAUGAUGUUUGCAAUUGUAAGCUAAACAAAUUAAUUUGCAAAUUAAU